UUAAGAGGGUGUGGGGCUGGAGAGGUGAGUCAGGGCCACCAGAAAGCAGGAGGGUGAGCUCAUGGAAAAGCUGCCCCAGUCAUGUGGAGCAGCCACAGCUGUUGGUGCCCUUGGACUGUGGGACAGAGGGGCAGCAGCAUAAAGCCCCACGGCCAGCGAAGCUGUCGGCAGCACCGGGGGCCAGGACUGGGAACUCCCUGCCUGUGGUAGCAAGAAGGACACAUCCUGCACAGGACUGCACUGCAGGCAGACAUGGAGCUGGAUGUGGAACGGGCCAAGGAGCUCAUUGAGCAGAAACUGGCAGAGGAGGAGAAGGAGGAGAAACUCAAAAGGGAUGGUGCACGGGAGCCACCGGCCGUGGAGCGGAUGAACACACCUGAGCUGGAGGAAGAGAAGCGCUGUGGCCCCAGGAACUGGGGCCUGGAGGCCAUCAAGGGCCAGGAGAAGGUGCGGAGGAGCUCAGUGGAUCUGAGGCGGGAGAUCAUCGACGUGGGGAGCAUCCAGCGACUCAUCGAGCUCCGCAAGCAGCGCCGGCAGCGCCGGGCAGAGCGGGCAGCCACCCCCGAGCCCACUCCACCACCUGAGCCCCUGGAGAUUGAGGGUCCUGUGGAGCCAGAGACCUUCCUGCGAGCUGCUGUCCAGGGCAAGAUGCAUGUCAUCGAGAAGUUUCUGGCAGAUGGUGGCUCUCCUGACACAUCUGAUGAGUUCCACCGCACAGCCCUGCACCACUCCUCGCUGGAGGGACACAUGGAAAUCCUGCAGAAGCUCCUGGACAGUGGGGCCACUGUUGACUUCAGGGACCGGCUGGACUGCACUGCUGUGCACUGGGCCUGCCGGGGUGGGCACCUGGAUGCUGUCAAACUGCUGCAGGACCGCGGGGCAGACCUCAAUGUGAAGGACAAGCUGCUCAGCACACCUCUUCACGUGGCCACCCGAACCGGACACCUUGACAUUGUGGAGCAUCUCAUCCACUGCGGGGUGGAUAUCAAUGCCCCAGACAGGGAAGGUGACACAGCGCUGCAUGAUGCCACACGGCUCAGUCGCUACAAGAUCAUCAAAACGCUGAUCCUCUAUGGGGCUGACAUGAUGGCCAAGAAUGAGGCUGGCAAGACCCCGACAGACCUGGUGCAGCAGUGGCAGGUGGACACACGCCAGGCACUGGAGACCAAGGAGCAGCCACAGGGGGAGAUGGAGGUCCCUGCAUGAUGGCAGCAGGCAGGGACCAGGGGCUGGGCUCAGCUCCAAGGAGCAGGAUCCAGACAAGGCUUGUCUGUGUCAAUAAAAGUCAGCAAAGAGCA